UCUCUCUCUCUCUCUCUCUCUCACAGUAUACGACAAAUACAGGCGACAGUCGCGGGGCGUAUCGUUCCGACACGUCUUAGUCACAUUCACAACAGCAUAUCAACCUCAAAACAGGAGUUUUGGUUCCACUCUCACCGACUAAAACUAAACCCUCUCCCCCUCUCUCUUCUCUCUUCUCUCUUCUCUCCCCACUUCACUCUCUGGCCUUCUCUGUUCUCCUUCCCGAAGAUCUGUCUUCUAUGGCCGAGUCCUCAGAAAGUGGCUCUGUAACUGGGCCUGGGAGCUUGAACCCUGACUCCGAUCUGUCGUUCAAUGGCCGAGUCGAGAUAGACACUUCGACACCGUUCGAGUCAGUCAGAGAGGCGGCGAACCGGUUCGGCGGUUUCGGUUUCUGGAGACCUUCUCACAGUUAUAAAUCCCCAGGAGCCUUUCAGGAAAACGUGGAAGGUGAUAUCAUUAGACUCAAGGGACAGGCUGCUGAGCUACAGAACGAUCUAAUCUCGAAAGAACGAGAGACGCUCGAGGUUGUUAAGGAGCUUGAUGCCACUAAAGCCACUGUUGAAGAGCUAAACUCGAAGCUGCAGCAGAAGAAGAAGAAGAAUGAGGAGGAAGUUGACGGUUGUAUCAAGCCAGCGGGUGAUGUACUAAAGGAUCUAAGCAAGGCUAAGAUGAAUUUGUGCAAGAGGACGGUAGAUCUCGCGGGUAUACGAGGGUCUGUUGAGGUCUUGAACAAGCAACUGCAAGAAGAAAAGGAUGCACUUGAGAAGACUCGCGAGAGACUCAUGCAAAGGUCUUUGAAGGUGGUGGAGAAUGAUGCGUUUGGAAUGAUGGAUGAUGAGGUUCAAAGACUCGGCCGCGAAGCUCAAGAGUUCAGGAAGACGGGAGAGAACGCACGGGAGGAGAUUGUGAAAGCAGUGGCGGAGAUUGAAGACACUAGAGAGAAGAUCAAAGCGGCUAAGAUAAGGUUGGUUGCUGCUAGAAAGAUGAAGGAAGCUGCCAGAGGUGCUGAGGCUGUUGCACUCGCAGAGAUUAAGGCAGUGGAGGAAGCUGUGGAGAGAGUGGACACUGCAAAUGCUACAAAACUCGAAGGAGAAGAUGUGCUACGAAACUCGCAGAAAGACAAAGGACAGAGGAGAAGAUUAUCUUCAUCAGUGAACAACACUGCCAAGUUCAAGAGCAGAAGAGAGAGUGCAACAACACCAAGAGCAACGCGUCUGAUGGAUGUAAACGGACUGCAUCUGACAUAUGAUGAUGUUGCUGUUGUUGGUUCAUCAUCUUCGGCCCCUGUCUUGAAGCCAACAAUGUCAAUAGGGCAAAUACUCAGCAAGAAGCUACUACUUGUUGCUGAGGAUUCAGAUGUGAUGAAUGUUGCUAGCGAGAGGAAGAAAAUGUCGUUGGGUCAGAUGCUGGCAAAUAAUGAUGAAACUUGGAGCAAGAAGAGUGAAGGGAAGGAGAAUGGGAAAAGAUCAGUGACUCGAAAGAGGUUUGCUAAGAUCGCUAUGUUGUUGAAGAAACAGAGCAAGGACAAGAAGAAGAUAGCUGUGAAGUUGAGGUGAUAGAAAUGAUCAAUGUGUGUUUUGACUUCUUGCUUGUGUUUUGUUACAAACAUUCUAUUAAGAAGUCUCUUCUAUA